UUCAUCCGCACGUGUAUGUGGCAGCUCCCGAAUCAAAGACAUACCAUCAACCACCACUGGCAAUCAUCCAUUGCAGCAAAACGCAGCUAAGACGACACCGGAGAUCCAAAUCUAAACCUGGAGACUCGCCGAGGAAAGCCUCAAACAUGAAUCCCGUGGACUUCCUUCACUCACAGUUCAAAAAGCUGCCCUACCCGACCGAGGACUGCGCAGGCCGUACCGUGAUCGUGACGGGCUCUAACGUCGGCCUGGGCCUCGAGGCGGCGCGACACUUUGUGCGCCUCAACGCCGCCAAGGUGAUCCUCGCCGUCCGCAGCACCGAAAAGGGCGAGGCGGCCAAGACGAACAUUGAGCUGACGACGGGCCGGCACGGCGUCCUCGAGGUGUGGCCGCUAGACCAGUUGUCGUUCGACAGCGUCAAGGAAUUCGCAGCGCGCGCGGACCAGCUGCCGCGGCUGGAUUAUUUGCUGCUCAACGCGAGCAUCGCGACCAACGAGAGGAUCGACGCCGAGGGGUGGGAGAGCUCGCUCACGGUGAACGUGCUGAGCACGUUCCUGUUGGGCUUCAAGCUGCUGCCGGUGAUGCGGCGGACGGGGAAGACGCACAACGUGACGCCCAAGAUUGUAAUCACCGCGUCGGAGGCGAGUCAGUUGGCCAAGUUCCGAGAACGCAACGCCGAGAACAUCUACAAGGCGCUCAACGCCAACAAGAGCCUGUUGGAUCGGUACAACACGACGAAGCUGAUGCAGGUGAUCCUGGGGCGGCAGAUGGCCAUCGCGCUGGACGCGUCGGACAAGGGGAGGGUGCAGGUGACGACGCUGAACCCGGGCCUCUGCUCGACGGAGCUGUUCCGCCACAUGCCGUUUCCCUUGACGAUCAUCAUCAAAGUUGUCUUGAAGCUAGUGGCCCGGUCGUCCGAGGUUGGCUCCCGGUGCAUGAUGGCGGCCGCGUUCGCGGGCGAUGAGGCCCACGGGCGGUACAUGAGCGACUGUGCCGUCGUCGAGUUCGCCAAGAUCAUGCAGGGGAAGGAAGGGGAGGAGAUGCAGAACCGACUGUGGGAGGAGACCGUGGACAUACUUGAUGGUAUUGACCCCGGGGUUUCGAAGAAGUUAUGAGCCAACUGCGCUGGUUUGUGUUAAUGGGGAGUGUGUUUGCGAUGAGUGCGUGGUUUCCACGAUUACAGUACGUCUUAUCAGCAGCGAAGGAAAGGCCCGAACGAAUAGGAACUCAAGCCAAGAAUGAGAGAAUCCCAUGCUUAUUGGAACU